CAGGGACUGGUGUAUCAGCACGGCGGGAAUCUCGUUUCGGGAAGCUUGGACGCGCUGGUGAGGCACCUCAUUCCGACGCCGGACUACUACCCGGAGAGGACUUACAUCUUCGCGUUUCUCCUGUCGUCGCGGCUCUUCAUCAAGCCUCACAUUUUGCUGGGGGAGGUGUGCAAAAUGUGCCUGUUGCAGCAGCCCGAGCGGCUGGACGAAAAGUACCGCGAGAAAGUCUGCCCGAACGUGAUCCGGCUGCUGUCAGAAUGGGCGGAGCUGUUCCCGUAUGAUUUCCGAGAUGAGCGGAUGAUGACCCACGUGCAAAAAAUUGCGCAGUCUGACUGCGUGACCAAGUCGGACGUGCGCCGCAAAGAGGUUUCGCUCGUGCUCCACAACCUGCUGCACAAGCUGUCGGCGUUGGAGAAAUACGAGGAGUUUCUCCACAAGAUCAAUACCGAGCUCAAGCCUCGGACCUUCGACCAAGUCCCAACGGCGGACAUGACGGUCAUCUGUCCGAACUCGGUCAAUUUGGCAAAACAGCUCACCAGGAUAGAGCUGGAACGCCUUUCGUACAUUGGACCCGAGGAGUUCGUGCAAGCUUUUGCUAAAGAGGCUCCAAACUUGGAGACAUCGUUUAAAGACAUGAAGAAAACGAAGAACCUGGAAUCGUACAUCCAAUGGUUCAACCGGCUAAGUUUCUUCGUCGCAACCGAGAUUGUCCUCAAUACCAAAAAGAAAACCAGGAUGAAGAUGAUCGAGUAUUGGAUUGAAGUUGCGAGGGAAUGCUUCAACAUCGGGAACUUCAAUUCCCUGAUGGCCAUUAUUGCGGGACUCAACAUGUCGCCGGUCGCUAGACUGAAGAAAACGUGGUCGAAAGUACCGACGAGCAAGUUGAGCGUAUUGGAGCAGCAAAUGAGCCCCUCUUCGAAUUUCACGUCCUACCGGUCGACACUGGCAGCGGCUCAGUGGAGAAGCCAGACACAGAGCUCCAACCCGAUCGUCGACGGACUGGGUCACAUUCGACGCGUAGGACCUUUCCCCGCAUCCUCGUCAUCGUCGACAUCCUCGGCAUCAUCCCACUCGUCAGCUGGGUCGCCGCACGUCACCCCGAACCUCCGGCCUGACGAAGAGGGUCGUCGACGGAUCAUCAUUCCGUUCUUCUCACUCCUCGUCAAGGACUUGUACUUUCUUAACGAAGGAUGCGCCAGCAGGUCGCCGAAUGGACUCAUAAAUUUUGAGAAGUUCUGGCAGCUCGCGAAGCAAAUCACGGAGUUCAUGACGUGGCAGCAAGUGAAUUGCCCGUUCCAGGCCGACCCAGACGUCCUAACGUAUUUGCAGACGAACCCGGUUUACACAGAAGAGAUGCUCGCCGUGGCGUCGUUCGAGUGUGAGCCCCCUGACAACAACUACGAAAAAGAGCGUCACAAGGCGUUGAAGGCGAGAUACCAGGGAUAUUUGGCGGGUAAAUUGCUCGAGUCGCGAUCAAAUGGCCAGCUCGGCGGGAUUUUGAGCUCCAAAAAAUUUUGCCGGAUUCUGUGCUGUUUUUCCCGGUUCACACGGAAAUUUGGCGGGGAAACUGCUCGAGUGGCGAUCAAAUGGUUCUCUUGGUGGGAUUUUGAGACCGAGGUGGAGAAUUCUGCCCUGGAAUUCGACGAUGCGCAUGGUUUUCCAAUGGUCAAACCUAAUUUUGUCGGAUUCUGUGCGGGUUUCCCCGGUUCACAGGGAAAUUUGGUGGGGAAACUGCUCGAGUCGCGACCAAAUGGUUCUCUAAGCGGGAUUUUCAGCGCCAAGUUUGCAGGAAAAUUUUGCGGGGAAACUGCUCGAGUCGCGAUCAAAUGGCCAGCUCGGCGGGAUUUUGAGCUCCAAGUGAGCAAUUCUUCCCUGGAAUUGGACUAA